UACAACACCCAUAGGUUACAAGCAGGGCGAGCUGAGAACAACAGUGAAGCCUUACAAUGGCUACAGCUACCCUGCAGACAUUUAACGUGUUCCUGACGGAGAGACUAACCGCAGCUGCGGUGGACAUCUAUGGAUUCGUUGAGAAGACUCUGGUGGAGUACCAGGAGGAGGUUUACCGAGCCAGGCUGGAGAACCAGCGGCUGCAGCGGCUGCUGGACCUCGUCUACAAACCAGAGAUAAGACUGCACAGGGCAGAUGCUAAACAACCGACUGAGGAAAUUCCCGCUAAACAGCAAGAGUGGAGCUCUGACGUGUGGCAGGAUGAGCCGGGACCCUCCGAGGUUAAAGAGGAGGAGACCCAGGAACUGUGGCUUAAUGGUAGCGAUGAGCAACCAGUGAUGGAAGACAGCGACGAUGGGGAUGCCUUAACAAAAGAACUCAUUAAAACAGUGCAGCAGUUAGAGGACUGCAGAGCAGCAGAGGAGAGCAGAGAGCCAAGCCAAACAUCUUCAGAUGAACAAAAGCUUCUGGAAGAGAAGACCAGCACCACCCUCUACCGCUGCCACAUAUGCAACUACAUUUUCACCAAAAAGACUGUGCUAACAUGGCACCUCAAGACGCAUGAAAGCAAGCCGCAGGAGAGCAAGAGCAACUUUGACUGUCACAUCUGUGGCAAACACAUCCCCUGCCAGAGCAACCUGCAGAACCACAUGCGAGUGCACACAGGGGAGAGACCCUACAGCUGCCAUUACUGCGGCAAGUGUUUUAAGCUAAAAGGACACAUGACAGAACACAUAAGGACUCACACAGGAGAGAAGCCUUUCAGCUGCCACAUCUGUGGCAAGUCCUUCAACAGGGGCUCCACUCUGAGGAAGCACGUUCUAGCCAAACAUAAAGAGGAGAGGCCGUACAAAUGCGGGGACUGCGAUGAGCUGUUUACAGAACGGCUGCUGAUGAAGAGGCAUAUGAGAAAGGUGCACGGUGUUAACCUGCCCACGAGUCAGAGUCCCACCUGAGAGACUUUAAGAGCUAAUGGUGCAUGUUGCAUAUAGUCUAAAAUCUGAACUGGGUUUGGUGUCUUUUGAAAUAUUUCAGUGUAUAAACAACAAAAUCAGUGACGUUUACAUUAAGCCAGACUGCCAUAAAUAGGACUAAAUCACAAGAGUAGUGUCAACUGCCAGCUGAUGUCCAAAUGGCCAUAAGACAGUUUGCUUAAAUGCACCAAAAUUGGCUUUAAAUUAUUUGACAUUAUGGGUUUUAUGCUUAUAUACAGGUUGGAUGAAAAAUUCACUCUUAUGUAUUUGCAGUAAUUAUUGGACUGGAGCUACAAAACGUUAAUUUAACUUAGCCUACUAGAGCCUAAGCACUGCACCAGCUUCAUUCCAUGUUAAAAGAAUAAAAUAUAAACGGCAUUGUUGUGGUUUUAUGGUAAGUUAUGAAUUCAAACAGUUUUAGCAGUCUUGCAAAGAAAUGCAAGGAUAGUCUACAUCAGUGGUUUUCAAACCUCUGGACUGAGAGGAGCCACACCUGUAUUCAUAUACAGUGAUCCCUCUGGGUUACAUUCCAGAGACCCCCGCAAUAGGUGAAAAUCUGUGAAGUAGCGGCGUUAUAUUUAUUAUUUACAUAUAUAUUUUAAAGGCUUUGUAAACCCUUCCCACUCUCCUACUACAACUUGAAUGAUGAAGAUGAAUUAUGUAGCUAUGCAGUACUGAUGGCGAUGAAGGUGGUGCAGCAUCUUAGUUAUGGGGUGUUACAGAAAUACCUGUAUACCACAAAAUCCAGCAAUAUAGUGAAAACUUUGCAAAACAGAGUUAGUAAUAUUUAAAAAAAAAAAAAAUGAAAUCUACAAAACAGUGAGGCCACAAUAAGUGAACCGCGAUAUAAUGAGCGAUAACUAUAUACACAAAAUAGCUUUUAUUUUAAAUGAUGUCUGUUUACUUUUUGCAGAUUAACACACUUGCUAGAGCCCAAAGGCAGCAAGUGCACCUCACAUGACACCUUAUUUACUUUGCCAGAGUACAGCAGCCACUCCUGCAGCAAGCAGACUUGACUCCUACUCUUUUGAAACGGGCCAAGUUUCUCUCUCUGUGAAUGUUUGUUUUCCAGUUUCAAAAGGAUUCUUUUAGGACUGUUUACAAAGUAUUAAUGAAUAAAAUGAAAUGAAAAAUUCAUUAAGGAUUUUAUGUACAGUUAUACUACAGGAAAACUUGUUUAUUGCUGUAACAAAAACACACCAGAACCUGAAGAGCUGAAAGACUGAUGGAUUUAUAAUGAAGGUUAUUUUUUUUUUCUCCCCUGGAACAAAAAGGGGAACAAAUAAUAAAAAUAUCAAAAAAAAAAAAAAAAAAAAAGAUUUUUUUUUUUCAUCUAACUUGCAUACAAGUAGAUUUCCCAAGUGCCUGAUUAUGAUUGAGGGAACAAUUUAACACUGAUCCUGGCUUUUUGCUAAAGUAGACCAACAUCUUCCUGGUUCUGACACAAGAAACUAUUCAAAUUUUAAAACUAUUCCCUUUUAACCCAACCGAGCAUUCGGAAUCAACUUCCAGUGUGGAGCAGGCUUUGAAACCCUGCAAAGUACAGAUUUUGAGCAGUUCAGUAACCAGCAUUUGUAGACUACAUUCUAAACACACAGAAAUGACCGGCUUAAUAUUCGGGUUUCUACAAAUGCACAAUAGCUACAACUGAACGCUUGAUUUAUUUAUGUUUUUCCUCCUGCCUUUCUGAUGCUCUGGACCACUCACUAAUCUUCAUGUGUCCUGAAUAGUUCCCUUCUAAAAGCACCAUUCCUUUUCUGUUCAGAGCCUCUGACAAACACAGACCACCAAAGUUUCACCGUUCAACCUAAAAAGCAGUUGGCUGAAAAGUGUAGAUGUCUGUUUGACCCUAAGUGACAUCCACUCCUCAAAGUUCAUUCUGAUCAGAAACUAGUUUUUAAAAUCUAAAUUGCACAUAAAUAUCAAAUGACAGUUUGUCAAUUAGUGAUAUCCAUGUUGCACUGUAAAAUAUUUAUAUACUGUAUAUAUUUUGCCAAAGUUAUUUCAUG